GGUGGUAGCUGCUUCAGUCUCCCGUGAGCGAUGGCAGUGAGGACUUACUCAGUCGUCUCGAGAGAGCGAUAGAUCUCUGUGGCUCCUUUAUUAAUCAUUCUUCAAAGAACAUUAAUUAACACGUGUUAUAUGCAACUCCAUAUUACAAGAUAUAACAGUUCACAUAUACUAAAAGUGUCAUCGCCGUAAGAAAAAUUUUAUUGAGGCUUUACAAUUCAUGAUUAUCAAGAUAUUUUCUGUGACGGAUUAUUCUUGAAUAUAUGAAGUGCUGAAGGUGCGGCAGCGUCUACGUCGGGUAUUGUAGUGCAACACAAGUGUAGUGUAGUGUUGAGUGCAGUGUACAGUGAUCAGUGAUGAUGAAUGAAGUUCAGGAAUAUGCACGUCAUGGGCCCCGCCUACCACCCCUCUUGGCCAGACAUAAGGCGUUGCCCGACCUCUGUCCUGCCGUAGAAACUAACACUGCCCACACUACUCAAAAAGAUGAGGUGGGCCCUCCCGUACCCUCAGUUGUGGUGAGGGGCGGGACGGGUACUACCACAGGUGGGGCACUGUCGCCCACGGCAACUCCUGGGGCAGCGCCCACCUUCCCCGCCGUACCCACUCUGGUGGGGGGCAAAUAUUUGCUCACCCGCCCUGUAGACCACUCCGCCUGCCACGCCACACAUAUCCACACCCACCAGAGCCUACUAGUCAAGACUCUGGAUGGUCGAGCAGCGCACGACCUAGUGGCUCACCACGCACUAAUGGGUGGGUGCGAGGGGGUGCGCUCGCCGCUAGAGAUGGUGGUGUCAGCGUGCAGGCGGAGGGCGUGGGUGGUAUUCCCCGCUCAUCAUGGCGACCUCCACUCUUACGUGCGGGUGCGGCGGCGGCUGCGGGAGGUGGAAGCCCAAAGGCUCUUUACUAAGGUAGCCGCCACCGUUGCCGCCUGCCACGACGCAGGACUUGUUCUCAGGGACCUUAAGUUACGAAAAUUUGUCUUCACUGAUCCAGACAGACAGCAGCUAGAACUGGAGAGUUUGGAGGACAGCGUAUUAGUCGGCGAUGAGGACUGGCUCCAGGACAAGCAUGGGUGCCCUGCCUAUGUCGCACCAGAGAUUCUUACCUCGUCAUCCUAUUCUGGCCGUGCAGCUGACAUGUGGGGCUUGGGUGUAAUGCUCUAUACCAUGCUGGUCGGCAGGUACCCAUUCCAUGACUCUGAUACCUCAUCACUAUUUGCAAAGAUCAGAUGUGGAGAAUUCAAAGUGCCAGAGUGGGUGAGUUCCCGAGCCCGUCACUUAAUCACAGCCCUUCUUCAACGUGAUCCUGCCCGUCGCCUGGCUGUCCAGGAUGUCCUCUCUCAUCCAUGGCUAACUCGUCCACCCCGUGACCACCCUCUGAGGGAUCCCACUGACCACACCGUCCCCACUAUGUUUGUGCAGCCAUCAAGCCAUCUCUCGCAGUCCCCGAAGACCACAGCCACAACCUCCACUCACUCGCCAAGUUUGUUUGGUCUGUAGAGUGCCACCAGCUUCAGUUGGUCACUGUUGUGGUUUCCCCAUGUUGUCCAUAUGGGUUGCAUUUCAGACUAUCAGAGGGUGUUAGUGCAACCCAAAAGUUAUGAUAGUGUACCAUUAUCAGAGAUCUUUCACAUCUUCAGGGGUUCUAAGUGUACCAGUAAAGUGCAGUCUAAUUCUGCACAUUUUCAGGAAAUAAACCUAGAAUAUGGCCUACCACGUAGACCUUUUAAUGAAAGCCUCUGUAUGGGUGUUGCUUUGUAUCUUUAGAGUUGUGACAAACCCCAACAAAGUAAAAUUGCAAGGGGAUGUCAUUUCUUAAAAUUUUGAUACCACAUGGUGGUCAGCUAGAUAGGGCCCUGUAACAGUGACCUGAUCCAUACACAACACAGGUGGUGGUGGUGGUGCUUUCAAAGCCUUUAAUACAUUAAUAAUAGAUAUACUGUAAGUAGUUAAUAUGUGGAAAUCCAAUCCAGUAAGGUUUCAGUGUAUGUCCAGUGUAAAUUUUGUAAAUGCUUUCCAUAUCAAAUCACUUCAGUAUAUAACUGAUAGGGAUGUGUGUAAUAUAGUAAUUAAACAAUUUCACAAUCAUUAUUAAAAAAUUUAGUAAAUGCCCUUUGAGCCCAAAUGUUUUUUUUUUUUUUUUUCUUUCAUGUGGAUUCCAACUAAGCAACAAUGGCAGGGCAAAAAGUAUCUUUGGGAUGUGCUCUGUUAUGGUCAGGAGCAUGGUUGAAAAUCUGUGAUAAUUUGCAUCUUCUAGGUUUGUAAAUGUUAGUAAAUAUGCGUUAGUUUCCAGUUUGUUUAAGUUCCAUAUCAAAUGGUCUUCCUGGUGGUGUUGGUGAAAACUUGGAUGCCAGGAAGACACACGACAGGGAGAAGCUUAGUAAAUUUGCAGGCCUGAAGAUGCGUACAUCUUGUGAAGGAUAUUCGUUUUGGGAUCCAAUUAGCAUUAUGGUGUUAUAGGAUCAAUGGCAAGACAAAAACGUUCUUUACCUCUUUCAUGUAUGUAAUUUUUUUAAAUAUUGUCUGAGUGGUAAGUAAAGUACAAGAUAAACAAAUAGGGACUUUUUUUUUAUUUCAUGUGUGUGUGUGUGUGUGUGUGUGUGUGUGUGUGUGUGAAAAGUGUAAAUGUAAGUGUAAUUAGUAUAUGCUUUUAUGUGAAGGUAGCUGCUAAAUACUAAAUUAUAUUUUUGGUAUUUUUUCCCUCCCACAGCAUGUGUGGUUAACAUCAUGGUUUUUUAAUAAUUGUUAGGACUGUUGACAGUCAUUAUUUUUCUUUUAAAUGCAUUCAGAUUGUAACACAAUUGCCACUGUGUCAUCUACCAAAAUUAGCCUGAAAAUUUUUGUAAUGUUUGAAGACAAACAUGAACAUUCACAUAUGUAUUAGUCUUCUUAUAGACAGUGAUUUAUUUUUAUUUAUUAUAUUUGAGGAAAUUCCCCUCAAGGAGGUUUCUUGAUGCUGAUGAGGGGAUUGUGAUCCAAGGAAUUGGGUGUCCUGGCCUUCCUUAAUCAGACCAGAUUGCUUCCCAUUCCCUAGCCAUUUAUGAUCCCCAUGGGUUUAGCACUUCCUCCUAAAUAUGACAUGGCAAAGCACUAAACCAAUGGGUCAUAGAUAUCUGGAGAAUGAGAAAUGGGAGAUAAUCAGGUUUGAUCUAAGGGAGUGAAAGGCAGGUUCAUUUACCUGGAUAAAGAGGCCUUCACCAGCAUCAAGUCACCUCCCUUGAAGGAAAAUAGUGAUAAUCAGCUUUAUUGAAGAAAAAAGUAACUCAAAAUAGGUAAGUUUACUGCAUGCAAGAUGAUUUCAUACUUUAUCAUAGUAUGAAAGAAAUACUGUACUGUAAGAAAAAAUCAAAUAAUUGAUAUCUUACAGCAACCUGCUAAAAAUGCAAUGGAGCUUUACACAUUGUAAAAUAAGUACUAUAAAGAACUCUUAGACAGGUGACUUAUUAUAAUCAAGUGCUAAACCAACAAGGGUCAUACAGCACUGUUAGAUAGGUGAAGCCUUAACAUUAUUAUACAAGGCACAUGUGCUCAUAUAGAAUGUAUUUUAUGCUUUUAUGUGACAAAAAGUAUGCAGAGAACUUUAAUGCUCAUAUACUGUUAAACUCUUUAAUUCCAAGUACUUCAUUAGAGCACUUGGGCUACAGUACUGCAUGCAGAAUGCAGGAGAGAUCUCAUUCUACAGAUAAGAAAUUCUGUGCCUAAUUCAGGUCUCUUUAAAUGCCAACAUAAGCUUACUAUGAAAGUGUGCAAGAUAUACAGUACAUACAGCCAGACCUCUGUUCACUAUUUCCGAAUUAUGACUCUUUUGGGCUUAGCUUAGUUUUGAUGAUAUUUCCUUGGCUAAGUUUUCAUUCAUAGGAGGGGCCACCCAUGAAAUAUUUAAAUAUUUGGUCAUUCAUGGGUUGGUGAUUUUUUUUUUUUUUUUUUUUUUACACAGUCUUGUGUAUUAAACCUUUAGGAUUUAAGAUAAUUUGGAUUUUUCUUUAAAAUUAAUGUACUGUAACGUAUUAACAUUUUGUGGAUGUGUAGUGGGCUUAUACCUAUUUCAUCAUUAUUGGUUAAGAAGUUACUUUACUACAGCAUAUGCCUUGAGAAGAAUGUUUUUAUAUAGAAAUAUUUAGAUGGAAAUAUAGUACUUGAAAAUAAAUAAUAUAUGAAGAGUAUGGAGGGAUUAAGGAAGGAGGCCUAGGGUAGAGGGUGAAGGAGAAAGUGAGUUAAGAUGAAAAUUAAAGGAUAAAAGGAUGCACAGAGAAUUUAAUAAUUGCUUUCAGUGGUAUGGAGAGAGGUGGAUGCAGUUGUGUCCAUUAUGUAUAAAAAGCUGCUGCUGCUGGAAAAUAUACCAGUCACACCACACACACUAAGUCUUACCCUCUAUCUGCCUGGCUGUAUACUCAGACACCAUGUGCAUAGACACCUCAGCAAGACAUCCAACCACAAGUGGAUGCAUCCACCACUUGGGUGGAUGUCUAACCAUGUGCACAGAUGAUACCCACCUACUCACCCUCCCAUUCAGAUGCCUAUCAUACAAAUGACCACCCACCUGACCAGACAGGCAUCCCACUCACCUGGAUGCUCAGGCACCCACCUGCCAAGAUGCUUAACACUUGCCCAGCUGUAUAGUCCUUGUGGCUUAGCGCUUCUUUUUGAUUAUAAUAAUAAUAAUAAUUAACACUUGCCCAGACACCUUCCCACCCACCUAGACCUGAACACAUACCUUCCCACCCAGAUCCUGACACCCAUCUGCCUUGUCCAACUAGACACUUGUCUGCCAAGAUGCCCACACCCAGACAUUCACCUCCUUGCCUGCCUGUACAGAUACUAAUCCACCCUCCAUAACCCACAGACACCUAUCACCCAUUGGACUGCCCAUCUACAAAAAUCAGAAUCCAACUGACUGACUAGCUGCACAGACAUCCACCUGCUCACCCACCAAAUCAGACACAUGUACACCCAGAAGCUUGCCCUUAAAAAUCCACCCUGCUGAGCAUUCUCCCACUCAUUACACCACCUUACACACCCAGGCAGGCACCCUUUUUGUGUCCCCUUCCCCUCACUCUCUACACCUGGACAACUUUUCCUGCCUCCAUUCUAGAAUUUUUUAAACACCUAGGCACUGGUACCUUUCCUGAUCCCCCACCCCCCUUCCUCACCAUAAACCCAAGCAUGGUGCCUGCUUUUCUUACAGCACUGUUUACUGUUGUUUAUACAACCAAGGAGAAAUUUAAUCAAUAUUGUACUACUAUUGGGAUAGUUUACACAUUUACUGCAGUGCAUUCCAUCACUUUUAUACCCUGCUUUCACAUCUAGCCCAGCAGUGCUGUAUGACCCAUGUGGGUUUAGUGCUUAGUUUUGAUUGUAAUAUAUUCCUGCUUUAGUGCUCGUGAGUAUUUUCAUGGAUUCUUCUAUACUCAGGGGUUCCUAAGAACAUUAUCUCUGUGAAUGCUGCACAUGUACUGUAUUUACUCUUGUACAGGGUGUCCACAAAGUCCUCUUCCAAUUUAAAACAUUUACUCCAUGAUAAAAGAUGUGGGAAUGCAGCUUGUGUGUUUUUUUAUAUUAUACACAGUGACUAUAGCUGUUUAUAGGAUGCUUUUAUUAUUGUUACAAUCAAAACUAAGCACUAAACCCACAAGGGUCAUACAGUAUGGGAUGUUAUAGAUAAAGAACACAUUUAAAUUUCCUGCUGAAAUCUCAUAUAAAGUAUUGAUAAUGUAUAUUAUAGAGAGAGAACUCAGUACUUGUCUGCAGGUAAUGCUAGGUCUGUCAGGCUGUGAUAACCUUGUUGAUUCAAACAGUCAUCAAGGAAGCCUAGACACAGGAAUGGCUCAAGGAGUAUAAAAAUUGUCAGCCACAUGUAAUUUACUUUAAAUCACUUCAGAAUGCAUUUUAAACUAUAAUAUCAUUGCUGAUAAUUUAUGUAUUAUUAAAUUGAUUUUAAAGAAUAGAUCAUAGUAUAAACCAAAAUGCAUUAAUUUCAUCAUUCACAUGAAAGCAGCUAUGACACAAUACUAACUAUCCAUACCCACCUUCAUUUUUAAUGCGUGUAAUUGCAUGAAUGUAAACCAGAUGAGUAUGGUAUAAGUUGAUGUGCAUGAUAAUUUGCCAUAUGAAGUAAUAAAAUCAAAUAUUUCACAUUACAUAAAAUAUCAGCAAGAUACUCUGAAACAGUUCUUGCCUGACUAAAAUGUUUAAUAUACAUAUAAAUUUUACCACAUUGUGCAAUUUAAUUGUAACUGGCUAGGUUAUGAAUACCUGGGUAAUUGGAGUCCUGCUUUAACCCUUUCACCGCAUCAUGGAUCACUUUCUUGGUUCUCAACUAGUGCCAUUUUUCCAUGGACAAAUUAAACUGCUCAUUUGAGCUUUUGCAAUACUUUUUUUUUUUUUUUUUUUUUUUUUUUUUUUUUUUUUUUUUUUUUUUUUUUUUUUUUUUUUUUUUUUUUUUAAGGUUUCUAUAUCUGGCUUACAUUUUUCUGACAAUUAUUAGAUAUUUUUUUUUUUUUUUUUAUUUUUUGUUACUCUUUAUGCAAGUAUUUUGACCUAGACAUAUUACAUGGCCAAAAGCAUUCCAGACACAGUUUUAGCAUUUUAAAAAUUACAGAAUUACAAAUCAUUUCAUUGAUCCUAGUGCAUUUUUUUUUAUGAAUGAUAGUCUAAUUUCUAUAGUAUAAAGAAACAUUUUCAGUUCAUUCUUUUCAAAUACUGUACUGUAUAUGUAUUUUGGAAAACACACAAGACAAUUUACUCGUGAAACUUUUAUCAAGCUUAUCCUUGUCUGUAUUAGUAUAUUAAAGUAAGCACAUAAAUAGAAUGUCUGUUGGUGUCAUUAUUCUUCUAAGGUGAACCAAUUAGCAGUAUCUUCAAUAUUCUAUAUAUAGGGUAUUUUAUAUGAAAUACAUAUCAUUCUCUAUAUUUUAUAGUACCCAUAUCUUGCAUUAUUUAUCGUAUAACAAAUAGGACUUGGAAAGCCUUCACUAGAUAACAAGUGACAGCACCUGUCAGACUGAAAUUUCAUCUGUUAGUCUUUUGAAAUGUUGAAACACAACAGGGGAUAUUUGAAAAGUUGUUUGGCAGCCAGAGUAAAAUUGUGACUUAUGCAAUAAGUACACCAUCGUUUGGUUCGAAAUUACAGUCUCAGCGGUGAAAGGGUUUCAAGGUCUUUUAAUGCUGUGUCAAAUCUUCCCCACCUCUUCUGUUCUUUGUAUACAAGAGAUGAAAGACUGAUAAGCUGGAAUGCUUAUAAUACAGAACUUGAAGUUUUAAGGAAGUAUUGACAUUGAUGUUAUCAGGGGAUUGCACUUCACUUAGUGUUGGGAAUUCUCUUCUUGGUAUUUUAUUUAGGAUGUUUGUAAAUAUAUAUUGCUUGCUGUAUAGUUGCAUUGUUUGCUAUUUGGUUGGCUUAAUGAAUUUCAUUCCCAGUACUAGUCUUUAACACAGUAUAUUUCACAGUUGUUUUAGAUUAGAUUUGUUGAAAGAUUUCAAAAUGUUGCGCUCUCCUGACCCGUGUGUGUGUGUGUGUGUAUAUAUAAGUUCGUUUUAGUUAUUUAUUUCUCUAGACCAUGGAAUGGAGUCUUGCAUCCAGACCAAAGGGUAUGGCACCUGUGGGCUGGUGUGAUGUGCAUACUUAAUAGUUUGGAGGAUGGGUAUGUGAAACCAAGUUAAAAAAAAAAAACUGAGUUGGUAUUUUUUCUUCAUAUGAUGUAUCUGGUAAUAAGAAAAACCCCUGUUAAUUUUUCUGUUAAAAGUGAGAGUAAAUUGUGUUAAAGAUCAUUCACUUUAAGUUUCCAGUCGAUAUACAGGUUACCAAUAGUCUCAGCAACAGAAUAAAUUGCUGACAAGCCUUACAAUUGUCAGUUGUGUGAUAAGGUUACUUGGAGGGCCAUUUUUUUAAACAUGCCAGCAACCCAAAAAAAAGAAACACUUCACCAUCAUUCAGCAUAUUCAUAUACGUACAUAACAUAUUCAUUCUAAAUAUUGUUCCCUUACCACUUUCAAAUUUAAAUACUGUAUCAAUAAUUCAAAAUGUUUUCAUAUCUUAAGCUGUUAAUUACAAUUAUUACCAUCAAAACUUAACACUGAACCCACAAGGGUCAUAUUGUGAAACAGGGUCGGAUGUGCUAAAAUGUUAAUACCAGUCUUUAAAAAAAAACUGUAUACAUGGUACGACAAAUGCUUCAAAAUAACUUGCAAAACUAUACAGUACUCAUUGCUUAGGUAGCUGUUGACCAUGUUAACCCUUUCAGGGUCCGUCCCGUAGAUCUACGGCUUUACGGUGAGUGUCCAAACCGUAGAUCUACGCCAUGAGCUCAGCUCACUUUGAUAAACUGUGAGUGGUACAUUUGGGCCUAGAUAUGAGAGAAUACAUCUAUGUGGUAUGUGUGCACCACAUAAAACAGAUCCUGCAGCACACUUGUGUAUAAUGAGAGAAAAAAAAUGAAAUUAUGAUUUUUCGAUUAAAACAGCAACUUUGCAGUGUUUUUUCGUAUGUUUUUUAUAGUUGUAUUUGCGAUUUCUUGGUCUCAUUUGAUAGAAUGGAAGACAUAUUACAGAAAUAGAGAUGAUUUUGAUUGGUUUUAGCACUGGAAAUGGCUUGAAACUGAGCUCAAAGUAGCGGAAAUGUUAAAUUUUUGCCGAUAUUCAAGAGUAAACAAACGACCUCACACAUCUAAUACACGUCAGCUGGUGGGUCUAAUAUACAUUCACAAAUAUGGUGAUGAUAUUUAUACAAUUAUUACAGUAUUGCAUAACAGUAAAUCUUCUAUUUUUUGGUGUGAAUAAAAAUUCAUUGUGAAUAAAAAAUCAAAAUGGAAUUUAUUUGUAAAGCCUCAAAACAUAACUAAUGAACAGAGGAAAUGUUAGUUUAGUGCCAGGAAUGCCUACAUUGUUUAUUCUGGACCCUAUUUUGAAAUUGGAAUAUUUUGAACUUUGUCAAAUUAACAAUUUCCGAUCACUUUAUUUUGUAGUUGAAACAGUUGACUUGGCGAUUUCUUGUGCUCAAUCGAUAGAAUAGAAGUAAUACUAGUGAAAUAGCUAAGAAUUUGGUUGAUUGGAAUAAUGUAAUUGGCCUAAAAUGGGAGUCAAAGUCGGCAAAAUCGCAGAUUCGUAAAUAUCGCUGAUACAUCAAAAUUCGCGAGAGCAUAAUUUCGUCAAUUUUCCACCAAAUUUCGUACUUUUUGUUUUAUUACCUUCACAAAAAGAUUCUCUACGAUUUCAUAAGAAAAAAUAACAAAUUUUUUUUUUUGAAAAUUCUUGGACACUGGUGCGUGACUCCAGAUUUGGGCCUUGGGCCCUGAAAGGGUUAACCUUGCACCACUAAGUGUUCCAAAGAAAUUGAACUCGUACUAGACCUAAGAUUAUGAUUGCCCCCAAAAUGGUGCCCUGAAUCACUUUUUAACAUCCUUAAGCAACAAAGGGUGUUAAUAUUAUCUGAUGGAUAAAUAUUAACUAAACUGUUUUUUUUAAUUCAACAUGUACUGUGAUUAAUUGGAUGCCAUAUAGCUAAUAGUGAGCCAUUGGAUGCCAAACAACUAAUCGAAUUACAUGUAUCAGUUGAAAUGAACCAGUGACUAAAUUUUGGCAUUUAGUUAAAAAAAUAUUCAGGUUCUGUAAAAAAUAUUCAACAUUUAUCUAGUACAGUACUGUGGUACAAAGAUGCAAAUGCAACAAUUAGAAUGUUUAAUUAGACAUUUCACCCUGUAUAGAAAAAAAAAAAAGUCCCCGGUGGGCAAAAUUUCUAAAUGUUGGAUGUGUGUCUUUAUACCACAGUUUGUCAGUACUGCCAUGCCUUUACUUGUAGUACUGUAUAAUACUCAAAACCCAAUAUUCUAUAAGAUCGGACAGAAAUUAGCCUAAUAAAAGUGAGCAACACAAUAUACAUCUUACUUCAAAUGUUGAUGGGGUUAUCUGUUUUGUCACUGUGGUUGAAGUCAGAGGAAGAGAGUUGGAUUCAAAUAUCCAUUAUACUUGUAACAAGUAUAAUGUGCUAAUGUAGUUUUGCCAAUAAUACUUGCUGUUUAGUUCACAGAUACUUCUCAGUGUAAGUGACUUUCAAAGAUACUAUAAGUAGUUCUAAUGAUUUUUCCACUAUCAAACCGAUAUCUUAUCUUCUGCCUGUUAGUAAAUCCUGUGACUUAACCAUACUAUGAUGCUCAUGUACAUAUGUUUUGUAUAUAAUGUAAUGUGAAUAUUCAGUGUUAUAAUAAAAGAACUUGUGAA